AAGCACGUAAAGCACGUAGAGGAAGAGACGAAAAACAAAACACCGAAGAGAACUGUGCAGUGUCGGUUACAGCUGCGUUUUUUACUUUAUUAUUUGGUUAUCAGCGUCAUCUGGCACUUGAAUGACACAGGCGCGAAUCAUAUACAAAUAAAAAUGUUAAAAUGAGUGUGUGUUAGAAACAAAGGAGGAGAAACAGCCGGAGCCGGCUAACCUUUAGCUCAAGGCUAGCACUGGGCUAAACACGGAGAUGUUCGGGUCCGGAGGGUACCAGCCUCUGCAGCAGAGGAGCCCGGGGCUGUUUGUGUCUGAGCCGCACAGAGGCCUUUCCUUUGACUACAUCCCUAAUGUGUCUCAGAACGACUUCACCGAUGCGUCUCAGGGCUGGCUCUCCUGGGUGUGUAACCUCAUCAUCACAUUCUUGGUUUAUACUGUCACCUUUAUAACCUUUCCCAUAUCUGGAUGGUUUGUCCUGAAGACUGUGCCCAACUAUGAAAAGAUUGUGGUGUUUCGUCUGGGUCGUAUUUGUCCACCCAAAGGUCCUGGCAUCAUCUUAGUGCUUCCUCUAAUUGAUCAGUGGCAGAGAGUCGACCUCCGUACCAGAGCCUUCAAUGCCCCUCCCUGUCAGGUGAGGACGUUAGAUGGAGGACUGCUGUUGGUCGGAGCAGAUAUCCAGUUUAGGAUUUGGAACCCAGUUCUGUCUGUGGUGUCUGUUCAGGACCUAAACGUCUCUACGAGGAUGACGGCUCACAAGGUUCUGAGCCACAGUUUAUCAAAAAGGACGGUCAGAGAGAUCCAGAGUGAGCGGCUUAAACUGGGGGAGUAUCUUGGGAUGGACAUUAAUGAGAUGACGAGGCCUUGGGGACUGGAGGUGGACCGGGUGGAGCUUGUGAUUGGCUCUUUGGUGCAGUCUACAGAGGAGGCUCCGCCCCUCAUUGUGCCUCCAUCCAUGUCUGGAAUGGAAAGCCUCACUGGCCCCAUUCAGCAGAUCGCCAUGCAGAUUUUCACUCAGAGUUUUUCUCAGCCAAAGCCAGAGGACUCUGUGACUGUGGCAGUGACAGACGAGUCACCGCUGGCCCCCUCUCUGACUCCCAGCUUCCCUCACUCUGUGGAGGAGCUGCUCAGUUUGGUCCAGCUGCUGCUUUCUGAGAGUCUGGUGAGCCGGGUUCAGGCAUGUUUCCAGUUUUACAUCACUGAAGACAAACAGCAGCAGACUUACUACGUGGAUUUAAGACAAGGCAGUGGCGCUGCAGGGGUGGGGUUAUCUCCUGACCCUGACGUCACCCUGAGUCUAACAGCCGCUGACCUUCUGUCUCUGUUUGAGGGAACACUGAGGCCGUUUGCAGCCUAUAGCAUGGGCAGAUUGCAGAUACAGGGGGACAUCAGAACUGCCAUGAAGUUAGAAGAAGUCAUUCAGCUGCUUAAAAAAUAAUUUAAAUUUUACAUUUUUAAAAUUCUGAUUGUGUAUUAUUAUUUUUUUUUUCAAGACUUGAAAUGUGAUAUUGUUUGUUAUAAAUUAUUGUAAAGGCUGAAGAUUUAUAACAUUUCUGAAUAAAUCUUUGUAAAUCACU